UUCCAACCUAUCUUCAAUCAUGGUAGGUGCGUUCCAAAGUCGAGAUCAUCAAGCGCUAAGUUUCUUGCUUCCUGCUUCUUUAUGCCGCCGCCCCGUCUGCAAUAGGGCAGCCACUAAGAACGGAUCGGUAACAAAUCGGCUAUCGCCUGAUAGGCCGAUACUAAACCUUGGGUUUCCAUGCUUCAACACAACUCAUCGGUUCUCCCUAUCUCCCCUUCUCCGUCUCAUAAUAUCUACAACUGAACUUAGGUAUAUCAUGAAACACUUCAUCCAUCCAUCCAUCGCAUAAUGUUUGUAAGCUAAGAUAAUAUCAUUCUCAUCACCAACAUACCAACGUAUGUGAAACCUCUCUAGUGAGAUCUUGUGUGUUGUUAGUGCACCUAUCUUCAGCUUCAUCGAUAGUUUAGGUGUCAAGUAAGAGAUCUAGAUACUUAGCAAAGCUUCUGCUUAAAUUGGGAGCUCUAUCACUGAAUCCAAGCCGAAAACGUAACCUAAUAUUUGCCUCUUUCUACUCUAUACGGAUAGAUCUAUAACCUCGUCACAAUGGCUCCUCACAACAUCCAAGACGAAGGCCCCGCGGACCUCGAAAAUGAGCCCGCAGGGACCGAAGUUAGGCCCCCAACGCCACCCCCUCUAUCCGCCAAACCGCCGCGCAUCUUGAUUAUCGGAGCCGGUUCGCGGGGCCGCGUCUAUGGUCGGUGUACCUUACAAUCCAGUAACGGCGUAAUCGCCACUGUUUGCGAGCCCGAUAUCUACAAGAGGCAGGAUUACGUCCGGACCUUCAUCUGGUCCGACGCUAAACACCCGGCUCCUGAAGGCUCAAGCUUCGCCGACUGGCGCGAAUUUAUCGAGUGGGAGGUCCAACGACGGCAGCGCGAGGCCGCGGGGGAGAAUGUACCAGAGGGCGUGGACGCGGCAUUCGUGUGUGUCCGUGAUGAGAUGCAUCACGAUGUCGUGGUAGCCCUCGCUCCACUAGACCUACACAUCAUGUGUGAGAAACCUCUAGCCACAACUCUAGACGACUGCGUCGGCAUCUAUCGGGCGGUAGCCCCCUUACAACCAACCAAAGUGUUUUCAGUCGGUCACGUAUUGCGAUACUCACCGCACAAUAUGCUACUACGCAAACUCCUCCUAGAAGACCGCGCCAUCGGCGAAAUUCUCAGCGUCGUGCAUACGGAACCCGUCGGGUUCUGGCACUUCGCUCACUCGUACGUGCGAGGGAACUGGCGUAAGGAAUCGACAACAGCGCCCUCUCUCCUAACCAAAAGCUGCCACGACAUCGACAUCAUCCUAUGGCUCCUCUGCUCACCCACACACCCGGAGUCAGACGCGGCCCCACACAUACCAUCCGAAGUAUCUUCGACGGGCUCCCUACAAUUCUUCAAACGCAGCCGGAAGCCCAAAGCCGCGGGCGACGCAACCAACUGCCUAAGCUGCGCAGCCGAGCCGUCAUGCAUGUACUCAAGCAAGCGGGUAUACGAAAGCCAGCGACACCAAGGUCUAGAAACAGGGAACAUCCGGUGGCCAAUGAGCGUCGUACUGCCGGACAUCGAGAGUUUCGGGGGCGACAUCGAAGCCGCGCGACCCAAACUACUCCAAACGCUCGGAGAAGACUACACAUCCACAACCCCGCAAGCAGAAAUCGAUGCGCGGAACUGGUUCGGACGAUGUGUGUUCGAGUCCGACAACGACGUAUGCGACGAGCAAACCGUAACGAUAAAAUGGGACGAAGAGCCGCUGUCAGCCGAGCAGGACGCAUACGCAGACAGUGUAGGCCACCGCGGCGCAAAACAAGCGACUUUCCACAUGAUCGCGCAAACAAAGCGGCAAUGCCACCGGUUCACAUACAUAUACGGCACGACCGGCGAAAUCUACGCGGACUCGCGCACCAUCACCAUCGAGGACUUCCGCACCGGCGCGCAGACAUCGUAUCACCCUAAGCUAGAGAGUCUAGGCCACGGCGGUGGUGAUCACGGUAUCACGCGGAACUUCAUAUUAGCAGUUGACCGCGUGAAGAAUCAUGGGUGGGCGGCGCCGAGGGCUCAGCGCGAGUUUAUUGGAUGUAGUCUUGAGGAGAUCAUACGCAGCCAUGCUAUGGUGUUCGCGGCGGAGGAGGCGAGGGUUGGGAGGAAGUAUGUUGAUUGGAGGAGUUGGUGGGAUGAGAAGGUUGGUGCUAUAUAAGGGUAUUAGGGCUAAGUAUACUUCCCGAGGUCCUCUACGCGUAUUCUUGGCCGUGGUUAUUCCCUAAGUUGGUUGCAUGCAUGGUAUUAGGCACUUGUAGAUCAACGCCUGUAGAAGCAUCCCUUGUUCUCACAUUGCUUGCUUGCUCGGGCGUUGUUAAUUGGACUGGGAAGGCUCACGAUAGGUAGCAUGGAAUUUUCGCGUUUCUAGAUUGAAGCAACAAAGAUGCAUAGAAUAUAAUUAUUUAAUUCGC